CCUCACUCCGCCACGUCUUCUCUGCGCAGACAUUAGUGAUCUCCAUCAACAUUAGUAUUACAAUCUUGAGACUGCUUUACAGCAGCAGCGGUGAACGAAGAUGUCCACUGCAGACUCCUCUAAGACUGGCCAUUUGUCUAUUCUUUCAUCUAAUAAUCCAUUCCGCAACCGUGCCGCGUCACCAUCAUCUGCCACGGACUCGAAACCUACGCUCACCGCGUCCCCUUUCGAUGACCCCCCACCCCGACCUGUAUCGCGAAACCCAUUUUUGGACCAGUCUAAUGGUCCAGCUCGUGCAAGGGCAUCAUUCUCUACAGGGUCUGAAUCAAAGCCCUUCUCGGCUGAAGAGAUAUUCGAUUCUCUGACUCUUGACAACAAUAAGAAGCCUUCUGGCUCAUCGAAACCAACAAAUCGCGACCAGCGCCCCCCUGGCAAAGCCCAGCCCGGUUCCCGAUCUGUAAAUCAUCGGCCAACGAAAUCACAAGAAGAAGCCUUGAAGGUUGCAAGACGGAGGCAGGAACCAUCUUCAAAGGCAGAAUCGUCACGUUCUCCCAACCGCAAGUCUCGCCGACCGAGAAGAAACUCCGACUCUUCGUUAAUCUCAUUUGAUGUUCGCCCAACACCUGCUGACAAAGAUCGAGCUCGUCGCGAUGGGAAAGAUAAGGCGAAGAGCGGGAAGCCUAGCCGGCGCCUGGAUAUCAUUGAUCAACUCGAUGCCACAAGCAUUUAUGGUACAGGAUUGUUUCACCAUGAUGGACCGUUUGAUGCUCUGAAUCCUCACCGCAACCGACAGAAUAGCAGACGUCUCGCACCUAUGCAGGCAUUCCCUAAAGACUCUUUGAAUAACUCCAUCGGUGGUUCUGGGCCGCUAAAUGCCCAGGCGGACCACUCCACCUUUAUGGGAAACGCAACAGAUGAGGCCUUUAGAGACUAUGCUACGUCUGGAAAAGCCAAAUCUGGCUAUGAUCACCCUACAGCUUCCCGCACUGAAGCCACCAUAUUCGAUCCGGCAUCACGCGGUCAGCAGAUUCAUGGUGACGAAAGCUACGGCUUAGGUACAUCUACAUUUCUCGAAGGAACUCCUGCGGCAAGAACUGCUAUUGCACGCAGACAAGCUGAACAAGCUCAAGAAGCAAGUGAAGUUGGAAUUCAACGUAAGAAGUCUCUUGCACAGCGAAUUCGCCACAUGAACCGUGGGCCGAGAGAUAUAAAUUCUUCUGGUCGAGUUACGAGCCCUGAUGGGGUAUAUAACCGAACCUCUCCAGAUACUAUGCGUGCUGGAACCAGCGCACCCACCGAAGCAAAUCCAUUUUUUGCCGAGUUUGGCAAGGGUGAGGACAAAAUUACUGUCAAAGGUCGAGAGAAGACAUCUACUACGAGCCCCCCAUCUGUUCCUCGGAGAGAUUCCGAAGCGCCGUUGGAGCGACGAGCUACUACGGAUGCUACCGCUUCAGCGGAUGAGCCCUCAACUAAACCAUCGGGGCUUUUAGGGCGUAUGAAAAGUCUGAAGGGUGGACGCCGUGCAAAAAAUACUGAAGCCUCCAACCCAGGUACAUCGGGAAGUGCAGCAUGAGAAACUAUGUUUUAAACAGGUGCAUGGUUAAUUAUCCGAGACCAAAUCUCUUCGACCUUUAGCAGCUACAUUGUCACUACUGAUUUUAAGUAAUAAGAGUCCAACGCUUGAAAAUUUGAUUUUCACAUACCAAUAUAUAUUAUGACUCUCAAUUAUAAGCCGCAAAUCGCAUAUACAGGUGGUUCCUCUAGGGAUUUGACAUAAGAACAAGCAGGCCGCCAUGAUUAAUGGUGGGGUAAUCAGGUCCAGUAUCUAGCUUUGAACUACUCAGACAAAGCCUCUUGUUAACAAAGCAGACGUGGAAAAUGCCCUCUAUGGACUUCCAACCCGCCGUUGCUUCUCAACUUGCCAAGCGGGAAGUAGAAAGACGAGACCAUAUAGCCGAACUGGGACCAUUGCUCUCCGGCUACGACGAAAUCGACCGUAAUCCCUUGCUACGUGGAUUUAGCCGUGGAUGCGUAACUGGAAUUAGCGCCAAAGAUGAGGAUGCAACCGCGUUGCCGGUGAGAUGGAAUGGAAACUCGGUUGUAAAUGAUUGCUAAUAUUUCUUAGAUCGCAAUCCGUACUGUCGUUGGCUCUCUAGCACGGGGAGAUAUAUCGGGUGCAGCCAUUGUCACCCGCCUUCCGACACCAUUGGUGCUUAGCCGCUUACGACAUGCCGCCAGUCUUGAACUACCACUGUCCUAUGAUAGAGCUAGCAAAUCGGAUACUGAAAAGGAAAUUUUAAGAAGAGUGACCCUGCAUACAGUUUUUGACGUUGAUGGCCUUUGGCAAGUUCUGGCGGAUUUGGAAGAACUGUGCACUGCCCCGUCACCAACUAGGCGAAAUAUAAAUGAUCCAGCAGUCCAAAUGACUGAAAUAGCGGAUAGCGACGAUGAGGACUACCCUAUUAUCCCAGAUCACUCAGCACCCCCGAAAAAGGAAACAGCCUACCCAUUACAUGAGAUACCUGGGGUGAUAGUAGUCACUGGGAUCGCGGAUAUCCUUACUGGACUGUUUACGCAGAGAAACAGACAGACAGCGCAUGACUUGAUCACAAAUAUGAACUUGCGGUUACGUCGCAUAAGCCAUUCAUUACACUCAUAUCCGCUAAUUCUCUUACUCAACUCUAUACAACCAAGCUUGCCCCGGGUCCAAUCCCGGGGCACAUCUGCCGAGUUACGGGUGACAGAGGGUGCCUCAUUUCACAACGCUGAAUAUGCAAGUGACAAAAGCCCUCAUAUUAGCUCGCAUAGAUUUGGUAUAACCUUUACGUCUCUCUUAGAUGUUCAUAUCGUCUGUGACCGGAUGGUCGAAUCAUUUCAUAACGGCCUAGCCACUGAAGCCCUUAACAACGGCGACGAGCGACAGGAUAUCCGCAGGUGCGCACCAUUUAUCUUGUUAGAUGAAUUCGGCACUUGGGCGAAGCAAAUGGGCCCUAGGUGUGAAAGGGGUAGGAACAAUGAUUGAAAUAUGCAGUGAUAAAUUUGGAAACAGACAGUUUUAUACCCUGAUUACCGUUAUUCUCUGUACUAGAACACGACAGUUUAACACCAGCCAUCUAUCUUAUGGGAAUCGUGUGUGAUAAACUAGAAGCUUCGACCAUCUCAGACCUCCGAUUAGUGUUCUUCCAAAAGUCAAUUGCUUCAACAACGUCUUCUCCUCUCUCAUCCUCGUAUGCAAAAAUAAUCUGAUCAGGAUGUUAGUGCCACAAUUUGCGGUUCAUGUACAUCGGUAAGUACGUACCUCGUGGGUGCUGCUGUGGAGCAUACGAAUGUUCUUGUGAGGAACAAUAUGCACAGCGUUAUUGUCAAUAUUACGAAGCUCGAUGAAAUUCGGCUCAAAUGCCAAUAUCCAAGGGUAACUGAGAGCAAAGCUCUGUGGUGUACCUUCCCAAUCAAUCCUCCACUCUGGUCUUGCUCUCCACCCAUUCCUGUUGACGAAAAACGAAAACUCCGAGUAGUUUAGUAAGAACUCUCCGUUCAGGCGCUCGAUACUGAUGGGUUUGACACCUUCCUUACGUGCCACAAAAUCAAGUGAGGUAUCGGCUUGAUGUAGUAGUGAUUGUGUUUCCAAUGUUUCCAGAGAUACAACUUCAAAGCCCUUUGCGCAAGCAACACAAAGCCUCAGUUUUAAGAAGUGGACAGAGGAGGCCUCAGUUGGGAUGUAGAAUUCCUUGAACGGUCUCAGCUCAUCUUGUCCACCCGACAUGAACUUUCCGAGGCCCUUUUGCUUCUUAGCCUUCGUCAUUGCGUCAUUAGGCUCAAAUGCUUUGAUGGUUGUGGUGAGCGCAGAGGACUUCACACAACACACGAGAUGGCGACCCAUGCAAAUACCAGUUUUGAAGAAGCUGCAGUGGUUUUGAAUCUUUUUCGGGCGUUUUGCCAAGCCUUGCUCAUCCGGGUUGAGCGCUGACAGUGAAUACGACUGGAGAGUCUUGUUUGAUAAAACAAGCAACAAUUGAUAUUCCUCCAGGAUGUCAAUUUGCGCCACAUUUGUUGUUUCUAGAACCCUUCUAGGGAUCUGGUCUUUGUUUUUACGGUCGGAUAUAUAAACGCCGUUAUCUGUGCCGUAUAAUAACUUUCGGCCACCGUCUUUGAUUAUUUAGUUAGCAAACGUAAACACAAAGCUGG